AUGUACACCUUAAGGUGGAAAGAGAUAACCCUGCAGAGAAACGUUAUUGCAGAAAUUUUAGCACUGAACCCACAGGGCAAAGAACUGGGUCCAGAUGAAGUUCUCUGCACCAAGAAGAGAACAGCCUCCACUUGGAGCUCCACCACCUCUGGGUGGAGUCUCCAUUCCCUGGGACUCAGCACCUGUCUCGGUGACACAGGAUGUCUGCUCCCUGAUUUUGACGCCCUGGGAUAUAAAUUGCCCUCAGAACGAUCCUGCUGGAGUAACCUGGAGGAAAGUGUCUUGAUCAAGGACACACUGGUGGAGACACUGCAGAGAUCGAACCAGCAACCUUCUGCUGACCAGCUCAGUGGUUUUGCCCACUACACCACAAAAGUGAUGAAUGUUUGCAGCAGACACAGCGGCAGCCAGAUUGUCCCACGCCCCUUCUCCUACACUUGCUUCAAGGUUGUGGGGUUCAGGGGUCAUGAGGUCUUCCUCAUCCUCUGGAUCAACGAUGUUCCUGUUGAGAAGAGCAGCAAUGAGGGACAUGAUGGAUGGCAAAGUCCAGUGAAGGUGUUCUCGGUGGUCAGCUGCUUCAUCAAAAUAAAGCUGCAGAACUGGCACAGCUGUGUUGAAAUGGCAGCAGGACUUGAAAUGGCAGGAGCCAGUAUCUCAUGGGCUGAGGACCAGAUCUGCUGUUCAGUGUGUCUGGAUCUCCUGAAGGAACCAGUGACGAUUCCCUGUGGACACACUUACUGUAAGGAAUGCAUCUCAGAAUGUGGUGAGAAAGAUCUUCAGCAGCUGAGAGAGGCUGUGGCAUCUCAUAAGCGCUCUGCACAGACCGCAGUGGAGGACAGUGAGAGGAUCUUCACUGAGCUCAUCCGCUCCAUUAAGAGACGUCGCUCUGAGGUGAAGCAGCUGAUCAGAGAUCAGGAACGAGCUGCAGUGAGUCGAGCUGAAGAAAGACUGGAGCAACUGGAGCAGGAGAUCAAUGAUCUGAGGAGGAGAGACGCUGAGCUGAAGCAGCUUUCACAAACACAGGAUCAUGUUCAUUUCCUCCAGAGUUUGUCAUCUGCUUUAUCUACAGAUGGAUUUAGUGAUGAUUCACAUCUGUCUUUUGACAAUGUACUGAAAUCCAUUUCUAAACUAAGAGACAAACUGCAGCAGUUCUCCAGAGAGACUAUUGAAAACAUAUGUAUAACAGUGAAAUCCAUCCAUGUCAUUGGUGCUCCUGAAUAUCAGACCAGAGAGGAGUUUCUACAAUAUUUCCAUCUGUUGACUCUGGAUCUGAACUCAGUGCAUAAUUUCCUCCAUCUGUCUGAGGGAAACACAGUGAUCACUUUCGCUGACACAGAUCUGCAUUAUCCUGAUCAUCCAGACAGAUUUGAUGAUUGGGGUGAGGCACUGUGUGUGGAGAGUGUGACUGGACGCUGUUACUGGGAGGUGGAGUGGAGUGGAGAUGGGAGAUUAGGAGUGGAUAUAGCAGUAACGUAUAAGAGCAUCAGCAGGAAGGGAAUUGGUCCUGAGUGUGCAGUUGGACGUAAUGAUCAGUCCUGGAGUUUGUACUGCUCUCCAGACAAUUGCUCAUUCUGGCACAAUAACAUUGAGACUGUCCUUCCUGUAGUCAAUGUCUCCAGUAGAAUAGGAGUGUAUGUGGAUCACAGCGCAGGGAUUUUGUCCUUCUACAGCGUCUCAGACACAAUGAGCCUCAUCCACAGAGUCCAGACCACAUUCACUCAGCCGCUCUAUGCCAUGUUUGGAUUUGAUAGACCUUCAACAGUGAAACUGUGUCAACUGACCAGUUAAAUCAUGUAGAGAUUAUAUUUAUUAUUUUGUCACAUUUACUACUGAACUUUUAAUAAUCACAAAUAUAGAGAGAGUAAACAGAUUAAGAGAGUAUAAUAAUGGCUGUAGAUAUGAGAACUGAUAAUGAAUGUUGAAAAAAUUGUUAAAUUUAGUCUUUUUAUUGAAACUUCAUGAAAUUCUUGUUUACCUGUCAGAAGUAGCUUUUAAAGCGCCCAAUAAAAUAAAUACAGUUGCAGGAAUAUGUUUGUGCACUGUCACGGCUAUGAUGCAAAGUACAAUUUGGCUUUGCUGUGUUCCUGCUGUCCUUUUCUCUUUUAGGAUUGGUCCUGGAUUGGUAACAUAAAUUGGGGGCUCGUCCGGGAUUUGAACCCAGGACCUCUCGCACCGAAGCGAGAAUCAUACUCCUAGACUUGAAAAAAGUAGGAUUUCUUAUCAAAAUAUUUUUUAAAAAAUGUGGUCUGAUAUUAAUUUAACUUACAAUUGAAGACUAACACAAUCUGACUAAACUAACACAACUAAUUGUACUUUGCACACUGAGUACAUUAAGUUAUCAUUCACAGUGUAGGGUGGAGAAAGUAAGUGAAAGGUGUUGGAUAUUUUAUUAUUCAUAGGGUUCACAAACAAUCCUUGCUUCUGUAUAUCCAAAUUAUUGUCUUCUCCUGCAUGUUCAUCAUAUAUAUCAUUCACAUGGUCAUUUCUCCUUGCUAAAUCAUUGUGCACAUAAUUUUCUCUGACCUCAGUUAAAGACAUCUAGGCAAGGCAAGGCAAGGCAAUUUUAUUUGUAUAGCACAGUUCAUACACAAUGUCCCAUCCAUGACAUGUCACAAUGAUAUGGACAUGUCAUGGAUGUACACUCUGACUUAUGGUCACUGAUACUCACAUAAUAACCUCUCCCUUCUAAGUAUGACCUGAACCAUUUAAGGACCAUCCCAGAAAGCCCAACUCAGUUUUCCAGCCUGUCAAGAAGAAUGUUGUGAUCGUCAGUG